AUGGACAGAACACCCCGACUUCGGUCGACGUUCCCCGAGACACCAAAGACCACACCAGGCUACCAAUUUAAAAGUUCACCUUUAGCCACACCGACCCCAGCACAAAAACGACAAUCCAUAAUACGAAAGCCCGUUAUCGACGCCAGCCCUAAUAUUCCAUCUAUCUUUCGCCGAUCUCAGAUACCUGAGAACCUCGUCGAUGCUCCUACACAACGUUUCUGGGCUGUCAGCCUUUAUGUUGCCUGCUUGGCCUGGAAAUGCUAUGACUGGGCCACCUCAGAUGGCUACAGUCCAGCCGACUCGACCUGGCUAUUCAUGAAAUGGUCGCUCCUGGAUGGCAUGUUCUUUACUGCUCUGCCACUGUUACAGAUACCAUGGCUGGAGUGGUCCUUCGGGACCUUCGUCCUUGUCUGGCUAGCACAUGCAGCUGGCAAUUUCUGGUUCAUGUUCAACUUCUCCAUUCCGUGGGUUGGUCUGCUCACCUACUUUGGCAGGAUGGUCUACAAUAAAGAGCUCUCGCUGUCCGACACAAGAGUUGAUCCUGGCCAUCUCGUUGAUCAGUCGGAAAUCAUUCUCGGGAAGCAAAUCAUUAAUCUCCUGCCUGAGGGCUCUGCCAUUCUCAACCCAGCUCAACUCUCCUACUGUCUGAAUGAGAACACAAGAAUCGUAAACAUCCCUAUCCAGAUCAAUCAGACUACUCCUGACUCCAUCGAGCUGUUGCGCUACGAUCUGGAAACCGACGAGGUCGAAACUAUCCUGAUUGGAUCUAAACAGGCUAAGAAGUUAAAGAAUGAGGCCGACCGUUCCUUCGACAAGGCCGAUGUUUCCACCCCCAGAACAUUGCAAUACCCAGUCUCGAAGAAAGGCCUGUAUCGCUUGCAGAGGGUCAUCGAUAAGUCCAAGCUCGAAGUCAGGCGCAGAAGUAACGAUGUUGCUGUUGUUGCUUGUCCUCGUGCUUCUGUUUCUGCUGCUGCCCCAGACCGUUGUACUGGUGAUCUGAGUGGCAUCUCCUUGCAUGUUACUGGUGUCCCACCUUUCCAGGUCAAAUAUAGCAAGCAGAUCAAUCACAGCAAAUUUAGCUCCAUCACGCAGACUAUGCAACCUUCAGAGGCUGAAGACUCUGGUAUCGUGUUGGAUCCGAAGAGACCACAUAUGGGCUGGACACAAUCGAAAACUCUGUCAUUCGAGAUCAACGAAUCCUUGGCUCAGAACGGUACAUGGAUGUACUCCAUCGAGGAGGUCACCGAUGGCUUGAAGAACAAGGUCAUCUUUGAUACCGAGUCCACCAAGAAGUCGCUCGCUGUCAAGCAUUUGCAGGCCAUCACCGUUCACAAGCGUCCUGUUGUGAAACUGCACGGCUGCGACGCAGAGCAUUAUCUGAGAGUAGCAAGGGAGGACACGGUUAGAAUGCCGCUCCAUAUUGCUCCAAGAGGCGAAUUGCCCCUCUCGGAUUGGCCACUGCGGAUGAAAUACACCUAUACUGCUGAGAGUGAGGAAGUCGCAGCUAUUGAGGAGUUCACUCUCGAUGUCAAAGAUGACAAGGAUCUACCCGCAAUUAGUAAAGCUGGUCGUUACGAGGUUGUCGCAAUCGAGAGUCAGUUCUGCUCGGGUGAGGUCAAGGAACCGUCCUCCUGCCUGCUCUACAACCCACCUCGUCCAUCUUUGGCCUAUCAAAUCGAAGAGAUCUUUGACAAAUGUGCUGGUCGACCUAUUGGAGCUAUUGUCAAUUUCGACUUUACUGGCACUCCUCCGUUUAAAGUGCGGUACGAGGUCACGAAAGCUGGGGCUGGUACUGUUCCCAAGGUGGCCGAGUUCAAGGGCAUGCGAGGUCAGCUGGAGAUUCGUGAACGAUCCGCUGGAUCCUACAAAUACCGGUUCAACUCCAUCUCUGACGAAGUGUACAGUCCCAUCACAAUACGCAGCGAUGAGAACACCUUCGAGCAGAAUAUCAGGCCACCUGCUGAAGCAUUCUUCCAAAGUGAACCUACCAACAAGCCUUACUGUCUCGGCGCUCCGGUUCCGAUCAACGUCAAGCUCCUUGGAGAGGGUCCUUGGACGUUGUAUUAUGAGCUUGUUCAUGCAGGCAAGCGAACAAAAUUCACAGCACACUCCGACAGUGACACCUUGGUCAUCGAGGUACUGCCGCAAAAGGAGGGUGGCAAAUACAUAAUGGUCUUGACUGGUGUACAGGAUUCUUCGAAGUGUAGGACCGCUCUGAAGGAGGAACGUCACGUCGAUAUCAGACCAGAACAACCACGAGUCGGGUUUGGGACUAUUAACAGCAAGAGAUUCGUGGAGGCCUUAGAGAGCAAGCAGGUCAAAAUGCCACUGCAGCUCAAAGGCUUGGCCCCUUGGACUGUCAAGGUUCAAAACGAACGUGGCGAGCGAGAGCACGUUUUCAAUGAUGCCAACUCGUACAUCAUAGCAGACAUAGCUGGUCUUCACCAAAUCGUGUCCGUUUCUGACAGCUGUCCUGGCAUAGUCGACCCUAAAGCAGACAAAUUCGAGAUAUCCUGGAUCAAACGACCCGGACUCUCUAUUCAGGACAGUACUGUAACAGACCAGGGCAAGCGAAUCUUCCUCAAACAGGCAGUCUGUCAAGGUGAAGGUGAUAGUCUUAGCCUCGUACUGUCUGGACACUCACCAUACCACAUCAAAUAUUCUGUCAAGGCAGAACCUGCCAGGGGUCAAAUGGCCAUCAGCAACAAACCACUCUCAAUCGCUAACAACUAUGCUGCCAUCAACAUGGAUACGUCCAAGGCAGGCCAUUACACUUACACAUUCAACGAGUUGGCAGAUGAUCGCUAUACAGAUAACAAGAAGCACUUCUUGCCUUUGACUGUCAAGCAAGAGGUGUACGCUUUGCCAAGUGCACAGUUUGCAAGUGCGGGCAGGACUUACGGUUUCUGUAAGGAUGAGUCUGACAGCCCUUCGGAAACCGAACACGAAAACAUUCCUAUCACACUCACUGGUGUGCCUCCAUUCAGUAUAGACAUAGCUGUUCGCCAUCAUGGAAAGGCAAAGUUUGAGCCGUCAGUCAAGGUCCGUGAGAUCUUGUCAACCUCAUACUCCUGGUCCCUCUCACGUGCUUCACUUCCACUAGGCACUCACCACAUUCAAAUCAAGGGCAUAAAGGACGGUCGUGGCUGCGAGACGAUCAUCGACAAUCCGUCUACAAUCUCUGCUCGUGUCUCUGCACCUCCUCGUAUCGUUCCUCUCGAUACACGGACUGACUAUUGUGUCGGCGACCAUCUAGCUUUUAGCCUCUCAGGCCAAGCUCCCUUCGACAUCUUCUACAAAUUCCACGGGAAAGAGCGCAAAGCUAACAUAAAAGGCAAUGAGUUCCGCCGAAUCAGCGAUCAUGCAGGUGAAUUUGUCAUCACUGCGAUUCAGGACUCUGUCACUGUAGCAGGCUCAGCCAGCAAAUGCAAAGCCGCACAAGAUAUACGCAAAACAGUACAUCCAUUCCCUACUGUGCGGCUAAGUCACGGCAAAACACUGACAACCGACAUACACGAAGGUGGUGAAGUAGAGCUCGUGUUCCAAUUUACAGGCACACCACCAUUCGAAUUCACAUACAUCCGAUCCGAGAACGCGAAGAGUGUGAAGGGCAGACAGCCGCGAGUGCUUGAAACAAAAAGCGACACUAGUGUUGAUUUCGUGAAGGUGGUGAGAGCUAGAGAUGAAGGAACCUACGAAGUGGUGAGCAUCAGGGAUGCGCACUGUGCAUAUGCAGCGCCUGGACUGGCGAAGAUGAAGACUGAAGGGAGUCAGAAGUUGCUCAUGUAG